CAGCCAAUGCCGGGGCGGGCGCGGGGCGGAGCGGGCGCCGCCGAGAGCGCGGGGAAGCGCGGGCUGAACGGAGCUCCGUCGGUUACCGCCGAGCCCCGGCGGGCGCGAUGUCCCAGGAGAGCCUGCUCGGCAUGGACGAGGCGGCGCUGCGGAGGCUGCUGGAGGCAACGCUGGACUUGGCUGAGCGGCGUCGCAUCCGCUCGGCCAUCAGGGAGCUGCAGCGGCAGGAGCUGGAGCGGGACGAGGAGGCGCUGGCAUCCAAACGCUUCCGCCCAGAGCGUGGGAGCCACCGACAAGACGACAAGGAGAACUGGCCACGGUCCCAACGCCUGGAGGAGGAGCAGCAGGCGGCACUGGCUGCCUUAUCCCGGCAGCUCGAAGCCAUCACCGACGUGGAGGAGCUGACGAAACUGCUGCGAGCAGCGGGUGAGUAUGAGGAGCGCAAGCUGAUCCGAGCUGCCAUCCGCAAGCUGCGGGCCGAGGAGAUCGAAGCUGCAGCGCUGGCUGGGAAUGUGCAGCGCAGCCAGAGGGACGGCAGCGAGCCCCGCACUGUGCCUGGGGAUGUAAAAAUCAGCCAGAGGGAUGAUGCUGAAACACCAGCCCUGGCUGCGAGCGGGAUGAGCAGCCGGAGGGGUGAUGCUGAGCCACCAGCCCUGGUCAGGAGUGAGGAGAGCGAUGGCGAGGGCAGCCCUGAGGCCCAGACCACAGCCAGGAGCGUGGAGAGCAACCAGGAGAAUGAUGCUGAGCAGCCGUCGCUGGCUGGGGUGGAGGAGAGUGGCUAUGCUGGGGCUGGGGACCCUGCCCAGGAGCCCCAACGGGCGGUGGCCCCUGAGCAGGAUGACACAGAGGAGCAGGAGCGCAUCCCCGCUGGGAUGCAGGAGCUGCACAGCCAGCAGAUGGGAGACCCCCAGCAACCCAGCACCCAGGCCAUGGUCUCGGGGACCCUUGUGCUCCUGGAGCUGCAGCCGGCCCUCGAGCCCAGUUCGGAGCCUGGAGAUGAUAGUGAGGAGCCGGAGCGGGGCCAGACGUGCUCCCCAGGUGCUGCCCAGCCCAAGGGGCAGCACCAGGCAGCCUGGAAAGAAAGGAGCCCUGCCAGACCUGCUACCACUGAGCUCGGUGCUGGGCAAAGCCGGGUGGAGCAGCCUCCUCCAGAGCAGCCCAGCGCUACCAGGCAGGGCAGCCAGCUCGGUAUCCGUGUGCUGGGACCAGCAGGGAGGCGCGGGGAGUCACCAGCGGUGGCAGUGCCCACCCAGGACGUAGCAGGGACCCCGGCUGGCCCAAACACUCACCCGUGGGAGCAGGCAUCCUCCACGCGCCCGGCUGGCUGCACGGCCCCCGGCCCCGCCUCGGUGCGGGAGCGCGCCCAGCGGUUCGGGGCGGGGGCGGGCGCGGGGGGGCGGGCCGUGCCCGGCCAAUGGCAGCGGGGGCCCCGCACGGCUCCUCCGAGCCCCGCUCAAAACGCGGAGCCGCGCCCGCACCCGGCCCCGCUCCCCGGCGGCCUCGACGCCAUGAAGACCUGCUUCACCAUCGAGAUCCGCGACGGGCGCCUGCAGCCCCGCGGCCCCGCGCCGCGCACCCAGCGCGCAGAGGUGACCCUGGGGCUGCAGAGCACCCCCAUCCGCAUCACUGCUGUCCCCAACACCAUCAGCACCCCUAUCCGCAUCACAACCGUCCCUGGUACCGUCGGCAGCAUCACUACCAUCCCCGGUACAGUCGGUAGCAUCACUACUGUCCCCGGUACCAUCAGCAGCAUCACCACCGUCCCUGGUACCGUCGGCAGCAUCACUACCGUCCCCGGUACUGUCGGUAGCAUCACCACCAUACCCAGUACUGUCAACAGCAUCACUACGAUCCCCAGUACCGUCAGCAGCAUCACCGCUGUCCCCAGCGCCCCCAUCCGCAUCACCACCGUCCCCAGCAGUGUCACCACUGUCCCCACCAGCAUCAGCAGCAAUGUCACGAAGAUGGAGCCGGAGGUGGUGGAGCAGCCCCACGCGCCAAGGCUGGAGCCAAAGCUGCCUAACAGCACGGAGAAGGUCCAAGUGAAGGAGCCGGAGAGAAGGAGCAAGCUGAAUGUUGAGGAGCUGAACCGUAUUGAGGAUGAGGAUGUUCUGGAUAAGAUGCUGGAUCGGACAGUGGACUUUGAGGAGCGCCGACUGAUCCGAAAUGCCAUGCGGGAGCUGCGCCAGCGCAAGCGAGAGCAGCGGGAGAGGGAGCGGGACCAGCGGCUGCAGGAGAUGAGGAGCCAGGCUGUGGCGGGGAGGGCUGGCCAUACCACGGAGACGACCACCACGCAGAGCAGCCAGAGCGCCGACGGCUCCGCACGCAGCACUGUUACCAAGACCGAGCGCCUCGUCCAGUCCAGUGAUGGCACCAAGACCUCCCGUACCACAACCAUGGAGUCGAGUUAUGUGAAGAGAUCGGACAAUGGCAACAGCACGUUUGUUCAAACCAAGUCGUCCUACAGCUCCUCUGCCAAGAAGACGGGCAGCAUCUUUGACCGGGAAGACGAGACUGCCUCCAGGCAGAGUAGCCUGGCCGCUCUGGAGCGACGCCAGGCUGAGAAGAAGAAGGAACUGAUGAAAGCUCAGAGCUUGCCCAAGACAUCUGCCUCACAGGCCCGCAAGGCCAUGAUGGAGAAGCUCCAGAAGGAAGGCGGGAGCUCGCCAAACCCUGCGGCGUCGGGCACCGCUGUGCAGCGCUCCUCCAGCUUCGGCGUGCCCAAUGCCAACAGCAUCAAGCAGAUGUUGUUGGACUGGUGCAGAGCCAAGACCCGCGGCUACGAGCACGUGGAUAUCCAGAACUUCUCAUCUAGCUGGAGUGAUGGCAUGGCUUUUUGUGCCUUGGUCCACAACUUCUUCCCCGAGGCGUUUGACUACAGCCAGUUGACUCCCCAGAACCGCCGCCACAACUUCGAGGUGGCCUUCUCCUCCGCAGAGAUGCUGGCGGACUGCGUUCCCUUGGUGGAGGUGGAAGACAUGAUGAUCAUGGGGAAGAAGCCGGACGCCAAGUGUGUCUUCACCUACGUACAGUCCCUCUACAACCACCUGCGUCGCCACGAGUUGCGCAUGCGGCAGAAAGAGGGCUAACGCCCGUCCCGCCUGCUGCCCGCGGGGCUGCUGCUGGGCAGGGGCACCACCUGCCCCACGAGGGUCCGGGGGGAUGGGACCAGCGCUGGGGAUGGGGAGCUCUGCCCUUGCACCGCAGGAGCUGCCGCUGGCCCAGCCCGGGGGACGGGCGCUGCCAGGGCUGCUCGCCUCGCUCCAACACGUUAAGUUAUUCUUUUUCUCAGGUGGGGGGCUGACGCGGGGCGGGGGGUGCUGAGCAGCCCAGCCUGGGCUGUGGUGCAGCACCCCUGGGAGCGCUCUCCUUAGCCCCUGUCAGGAAGCCCCCGUGCCCACCGCUCGGUGGGGGUCCACAGCCCCGUACCGAACCCCUGCUUUCCCCCUACUCACGUGCACCUUGGGGUGCUUCCACACCGGGGCAGACGCAGCCCUCGUGUGCUGGGGAGGCGAGGGGACCCAGGGGAGCGUGGGGGCCCGUGGAGGGAGCCUGAAGGGCAGUUCCCCCCUCUCCUCCCCAGCCCUGCUCGGGCACCACGUGCUCAGCGCCGCUCACCCAUCCAGCACCAGCUCUACACCCA